AUGUCGUUUAGGAAGUGAAAUGAAAUAACAGAUAAGGUGGAGUUCCCAUUAUGACCUCUCAAAUUAUCCAAGAAAGGGUCAAAGUCAAAGAUGAGGCGAAGCAAGGAAUCGAAGAAGAAAACUCGCCCCUCGUCACCGCUCAGGGACCGAACUGGUGCUCCAACAAGUCUCGAAUCGACGCGUUAUGGGUCUCACCCAUCAAGCCUCAGCCCCUCUGCAUCCCUUCUGGACCGGGACCUCGUCACCGGCGAAUCCAAUCUCCUCGGAGACCUAAAAUUCUCUCCCAAUGACUCAGUUUCCAACUACAAUCCCCGGAGCUUUCCUCAUAGUGUGAAGCAGCAAUGUUGGGAUAAGGCCGAGAAGAUUAAAGGAAGAGACCCAGAUCGCUGGCGACGGGAUGCUCUUGGUAACACUGUUUUUCGAAAGCUUGUUGGCUGCCCCGGUUGUCUCUGUCAUGACUAUGAUCACAUUUUGCCUUACUCUAAGGGAGGAAAGAGCACACUAGAAAAUUGUCAGGUUUUGCAGGCAGCAUUAAGGAGGACCAAGAGGAUAUUAUAUUAUAGAGGACAGAGCUACUGAUUGUUCUGUUUGCUAAAUAAUGUGUCCCCCAUGGCCAGAUGUUACUACAUAAUAGUUCUUAAUGCUUUGUUGACCGUGCUUCUGACUGUCUUUUCAAUUAUUUGAUUGUCUCAUCUCUCAAACUUUUCCUUUCACGUACUGAAGGAUGAACACUGUUCCCUCAUGGCUGGUCAUAGUUGAUUGUUCUUCUUUAACCAGGGACCUGCCCUUAGAUACUAGAGUUUACAAGAGUUAAUUACUUGCUAGAUUAUAAUUGAAAAUUCUUUAUUCAGAUUUUUCUAUUCAUCAUGUGCAAGAGGACGUUACAUAGUUUUACAUUUGACUCUUUUACAUUAUUCACUAUUGUAAAGUCAGAGGGUUGUUAAUCCGGGAAGGACGUACAAUCACGCCGCAUUGUGGUUAAUACAUCUUGUCUUUGUUUAAAUU